UUCUCGCUGCGCGGGUUUCCGUGAGGGGCGGCUUCGGGGAGGCGGCGCCGGCGGAAGCGGCGGCGGGCGGGAUGGAGGAGCCGGAGAUGCAGCUGAAGGUGAAGAAAGUCACGGACAAGUUCACGGAGAGCCUGUACGUGCUGGCCAACGAGCCCUCGGUGGCUCUGUUCCGGCUGCAGGAGCACGUCCGCAGAUCCCUCCCGGAGCUGGCCCAGCACAAGUCGGACAUGCAGAGCUGGGAGGAGCAGAGCCAGGGAGCCAUUUACACCGUGGAAUACGCCUGCAGCGCCAUCAAGAACAUGACUGACAGCGGUGUGUACUUCAAGAGCAUCGACAGCCUCCUCAAACAUUCCAUAGCCAUGAAGGAGCAGCUCAACGCCGCCCAGGGCCGCAGCACCGCCACCCCCCAAGCCAAGAAUCCUCCAGGCACUUCCUGAUUUUUCCAUCCUGAUCCUUUUCCAGCCUCGGGAAGGAGUGGAAAACCCCCCCUGCCCAACCUACGGGGCUGCACAGGUAGAGAGGCCCCUGAAUUCCCAGGAAAAAGGAGCUGGCAAAUCCCAAAUCCCUGCUUUUUGGGACCUCUUUUGUCCCUUUUCCAUGGAAAAACGGGGUGGGUUUGUGUUUGUCCUUCCCAGGUUUUUUUUUCCUACCUCUUAGCCACCAAAACAACCCCCCCCCCACUGAGGUCUUGCUUUGGGAAUUUUGUGUAAAAGCUGGAAUGUGGGCACGCUCCAAGCUUUUGUUGAGGAGGAAUUCUCCAAGGAGAACUUUUCCCGUGGCUGCCAAGGAAUUGCUGGAUUUUGGUUUUAAUGAGGACAAGAAUAAAAAAGGGAAAAGAAACAAACAACAACAAAAAAACCAGCCCGAAAAAACCAACAAGAAAAUUCCUUUUAAAGGUUUCAAACUUUCUCCUGUCGCCGUGGGAGCUUGGAAUUGUUUUUAUCCCGCUGUUUCCAAGGGCAUGGAGCAAAAUAAUGUGGAAUUGGAGGCUGUCAAGGGAGAAAAGGAAUUGUCCUGGUCCUUAAAAUCCUACAAAAAAAAAGGAUUUUCUUCAUCCCC